AGCUCUGACCCAGCCGCUUGUCGCCUCGGAGUCCCUCACGCACCCUCACCGGGCGCAGCUACGAGCGCUUCCCGCCUCACGCGCGAGCUGCAUGAAAAUGGAGGACUACGAAACAUUCUGUAAGAAGCAUCUGUCCAGAAUCCAAGAGGCAACAAAAGGAGAAAACUCACCCGCUGUGUUGCACAGAAAUGUCUCCCUCAUUCAAUUCCAUGGAGUUCCAGUGCUCUCCCCUCUGCUGAGCUUUGAAAAGCGAAAGGAAAUACAGCAGUAUCGACAGAAAGCACUGGAUCUGGAGACUUGGAGACAGAACUCUCACAAAAGAGCCUUACUGAAUCGUGUUCAGGAGAUUCUAGAAAACAUUCAGAAUAGGAAAGUGUCUGGUGUGAGUGAUGUGAACACGUGGGAUGCUGAGAAUACCUGCCCCAGUUCAGACUCAAAAGCUUUAACUGAUCUCGCAGCUCUGUCAGGUGCCAACUUGCCAUGUUCUCCUGAAAGGCAUCGUCCUAUGCAGCUUGAAAAAAGCCAAGAGCUUUUGCCAUCAGACUCUAUGCAGCAAGUGACAUCAAAUGCAACAGAAGUAGGUAAACCAGCAGAAGAAAGUGUUCCUUCAAAGGAAAGUGAGAGUCGCUUCUCAGGAGAUGCACCUUGUCCAAGGGUUGCGUCUCCUGACAGUGUGCAGAGUAAACGUGUGUCCCCUGCUUUGCAAAAGCAAGAGGGACAAGGAGUGCCACCAUCUGACAAGGAAGUCCAAGAUCCAUAUGCAGUGAGUCUUCAGAACCUGAUGAAAAAGUCUAGGGAGUACAUAGAGAAAGAGCAAAGCAGGCGUAGCUCAAAAAGCAGUUCAAAGAAGAGUAUGAAUGAAAGCCAUUCAGAUAAAGAAAAUGAUGCAGUUAAAACAUCGGAUUCUGUGAAAGAGAGAGGGAAGCUUACAGGCAGAAGUUCCACUGCUGUGCCACUUGAUAAACCCUGUCUUAAUAAAUCAAAUACUCAUAUUCAAGGUGCCUCUACUCAUACAGGUAUGUCAACUUUAUCCAGUUUCUCUAAAGUGGAUAUACCUAUGAGAGUUGGAACACCCCCAUUGGUGGAUUCAGAUUCAGAUGAAGAAUUUAAGAACGCUUCCGCCAUUGACCGUGACAGUAGCAUUGUCAGGAGCCUCACAGGGUCAUAUAGCAAACUGCCAAGCCCAGAGCCAAGCAUGAGUCCAAAAAUGCACCGGCGGCGCCCAAGGCCUCUGUCAAUGGGACACAUAGUUAUAAACAACCCCGUGAAUGCUUACGAAUUGAGUCCCAAAGGCAAGGGUAGAGCGAUGGAUUUAAUUAUGCAAGAUAUUGCUGAUAAAAAUAAUGUGUCUGAGACAGUGCCCAAGUUCAUGAUGGAUUUCAGUAUGCUUUGCCCUAGCAGAGUUCCUGGUGUCAUCAGGAGUUCUUCAGGUCCUUCUGACGGGUUGCUGGUUGGCAAACCAAACAGACAUUCCUUUGGGCACCCAGAAGGCAAAGGGACGUUGUCUGCUGCAGGGGAAGGACAGGUAGUGAUGGACAACAGAGGACUAUAUAAAGUAGAGACUGGUACUGUAGGUGCAAAGCUGAAUGAGCCAUUUUCCAUCAAUCAGUCUACAGUAACACAGAAACUCCCAGCUGUGAACGAAACCAAAGUGUCUACUUUGCAAGAAAAUACUAAAUCUCCAGUGAAACUCAAUAAAUCUUAUGAUGUAGAAAGCCCAUCCCCACUGCUAAUGCAGAGCAAGAGUGCGUGCCAGCACAUGGACACUCCAAGUGUUCCCCCAGCAAAUGAACAGUUUACAGAAAACAGUUUUGAAAAGGUAAAACGUAGACUUGAUUUGGACACUGACAACUGCCAGAAAGAUAACAACCCCUGUGCUGGGACAGUUGGGAUGGAGGAACAGGAGAAGCAAUGGUUGCAAGAGCAGAAAUAUCCCGUGACGUCGGUUUACAUUGCCAAGAAUGCAGCCCCCGACUCAAGUAUGGCAAAAGAAGAGAUUUUGAAGACUAAAAUGCUGGCGUUUGAAGAAAUGAGGAAGAGACUCGAAGAGCAGCAUGCACAACAACUGUCAAUUCUGAUAGCAGAACAAGAGCGAGAGCAGGAGAAAUUGCAGAAGGAACUGGAGGAACAGGAGAGAAAGGGAAAGAAGAUUGCUACAACAGAAAUAGAAAUUUCCAAAGUGAAUAUUAACAGUAGGAUGGAGUUGGAGUGGAGAAAAAGUGAAAGUGGCUUGGUGGAAAGUGUGCAGUCUCAGCUGGAGACGAUCCAUAAUGCAAACUCUACAAGCAUUGGUUUUGCUCAUGCUACAUCACCUCACACCUUUACUUCAACAAGUGAAACUUCAUUCUUUCUCUGGGGACCAUCAGGCAGCGGAGUUCUAAAAACCUCUGUAUCUAGGCCAAGUAACAGGAUCAAAACCAGGUGGACCCAGAUUUUCACUCCAGAGAUACAACUGAAGUUUGAUAAGAUAACGGCUGUGGCAAAGGGGUUUCUUACGCGUCGGCUCCUACAGACAGAGAAACUGAAACAUCUCAAGCAGACUGUAAAAGAUACUAUGGAGUUCAUAAGAAAUUUUCAGUCUGAAGCCCCAUUAAAAAGAGGAAGUGUUUCAGCACAAGAUGCAUCCCUUCAUGAAAGAGUAAUGGCUCAGCUCCGAGCUGCUCUGUAUGAUAUCCAUGACAUAUUUUUCACAAUGGAGGCAUCAGAAAGAAUGAACAUUCUGCGUCACGAUCGUGAAGUUCGUAAAGAGAAGAUGCUCAGGCAGAUGGAUAAAGUAAAGAGUCCAAGAGAGAGAGCAACACUUUCAACAGCUACGCAGAAAUCUCUGGAUAGGAAAAAGUACAUGAAGGCUUCAGAAAUGGGAAUGCCUAGUAAAAAAAUAGUCAUAAAACAAAGAAGUCCUGAGAGCCGAGUACUUCAGCCAAACCAAGGACAGAAUGCCCCGGUUCAUAGAUUACUUUGCAGACAAGGAACCCCUAAGACCUCAAUGAAGGGGGUUGAGCAAAAUAGAAAGAAGGCCUCAGAGAGCAGAGUGUCUAACAAGGCUGUUUCAGGAGCAUAUGCAGGAAGAACCCAAAGAAAGAAGCCAAAUGUUGUGACAAUUUAAGACGACAGCACUCACUAGGAUGAACAGGCUGUUCUUUGAUGGUAUUCUCAGCACUGAUCCGUAAAUGCAUAGUUACUUUUUGAAGUGAUAAGCCUCCUUUGUCUUUUCCAGAUGAGGACAUAUUAAUGCAAUCAUACUGAAGUAAUGAAGAGCUGUAAAGCUCUAACCCUGUGUGAAAAUUGCAUGUUAAAAGUUGUGUACGCAAUAGUGUGCAUAUAUGAGAUCCAUAAUGUUAUUCAAAUAAGACCACAGAGCAUCAUUAAGUUAAUUUGGGACAUCAUAUGCUCUAACUUUGUAUCUUCAACAUGAUUUUUGUAUUAUUUAAGAUGGCAAUUUCUCUGUAUGGUUUGCCACAAUAAGAAGUCAUGCACAUGUAGUUUUAGUUUCUCACCAUAUACUGAAAGCAGAAAGGAGAAAAAAAAAAAACCUUAAACAAAAUUGAACUCUUCAGUCUGAAUUUGUCAGCAGCUGUUCUGAAUGUAUUUGUGUGAAUGCAGUUACAUCGCUUCAUGUAUUAAUGGCCUACGUUUGUUGCAAUUGUGCUGAGGUGGACAGGCACGGAUCCAGCCAGGUGUACUUCCAUUCUCUAUAGAAACUGCACAUUUAUACACAUGAUAAAUCAAACCACUGUGCUGGAUGUCCUAGGAUUUUUUUUCCUUGCUAUCUGUGGCAUUUCCUUAUGGAAACAGCUUUUGGGCUGGAUGAAGAGAAGCGUAUGUUCAACAAAAAUUUGAGAAGGCAAGAUUUCAAUUGUUUUACCGUUUCAGACUUGCACAUAACUGUCUAAUAAUUAAUAUGCCUUAUGUUUUGUUUAUGACAAUUGCCAUUUUUCUAAGCAGUUUCUGUUAUACCAUUAUCUAACAUCUCUUAUAUUGAAAUGAAGUCAUGUUUCCUGAUUUCAAGGGGAAGAAAAUCCCUACCAAAAUCCUGCAAAAACACCCGUCCUUAAGAAAAUGGAAUGCUGAAAGAUGCUUGUAUUUUGCCUUGAUCAUCAUUCUGAUGGGUGUUAUGCUUCAGCCUGAGGGGAGCAUAAGUCUGGAAGUUUAUUUAUUUAUGUCUCUAAGGAUACAACUUUCAGACAGGAUAGGUUGUUAACAUCAGAAGUGAGCAGAGAGAAGCUUGGCUGUUGCAGUCUGUGCAGUGCUGUUUUUUGGUUUUCUGUUAGAGUAGUACUAGGGAACUGAUCACUUGAAAAUGAAGUUAUUUUGAUUCCUUCCCAGUGUCAAUACAGUGCAACACAGUGGGGCCUGUGUAACAUUUUCUCACUGAUAUGAGGGGAAAAAGAGUGAUCAAUAACAUAAUUUGCAACCACUAUAAAAAAAAGAACAUUAACAGUAGGAUGAAGAGAGUAUCUGCAGGGACAGUGGUGAAUUAGCUGGCGUGGUUGUGGCAGUAGUUGUGAGUUGCAUCAGUAAGUCUGCCUUCCACAGCUGGUGACAGUGUUAAAUGUUUCUAACAGGUGAUACCAAAUUGUAUACUUGGAAAUCUGAGGCAAAAGGCUGCUGAAAGGCUUUGGAGGUAGAUGCUGCUUGGCGGCUCUGCUGUGGCUCUGAGGUGGGUUCCCUGCUGGUGUAAAUGCAAAAGCUUACACCAGUAAACUACCUGCUGCCCUCAUAUCAAUUUGGUGAUUUAUUUUAAGAAAAAAAUUGCAAUCCAAAAAAUGCCUGAUGUGUUUCCUGCUUAUCCAGCAGUCAUCAAAUGUCUGCUUUGGCUCCCACCUUUCCUGUGUUUGGAUUAUCACAGGAAAUGGAAAACAUCUGAGGGAAAAGGACGGAGUGUGACCCGUGUCACAGGUGACACAGAAGCCUGCUGUGGCUGUAUCAGUGCUAAGGAUUGGUGUAUUUAAAGGCUGUUUUAUAUGCUGUCUGUAUUGUUAGAAUAGGCAGUGUGUUGAUAUAAAAGUAGUGUUAGUAAAUGUGAGUGCUUACCUCCAGGUUUCACAUCUGCACCUCUUACUUCCAGCAUGUUUCUGGUCUGUGUAACAAGGUGUUGUACUGCAGUUGUUUGUUUGAACUUUCAUGAGGCCUUUCUCUUGACAAGUGCCAGAAUUUGGUUUUGUACUUAGUAUGUUUAUUUAUACAUAUUUAAUUUUAUCUGAUUUUAUUUUGUGUGUGGUUGUAAUAUCAUCAUAAAAGCCUAUUUAUUUUUGUACUUUCCAUUUUCACCCGGCUUGCUUUUUUUCUUAAGCAUACUACACAAUAAACUUGCAAUCUUUAAAAA